ACCCUAACAUCUAUCUCAACAAGUACACAAAUUAUUUCAACAACUACCACAUCCGCCCUAACAUCUAUCUCACCAAGUACACCAAUUAUUUCAACAAGCACAACAUCCGUCUUAACAUCUAUCUCGACAAGCACACCAAUCAUUUCAACAACCACAACAUCCGCCCUAACAUCUAUCUCAACAAGUACAUCAAUUAUUUCAACAACAACAUCCAUCUUAACAUCUAUCUCCACAAGUACACCAAUUAUUUCAACAACCACAUCAUCCGCCCUAACAUCUAUCUCAACAAGUACACCAAUUAUUUCAACAAGCACAACAUCUGUCUUAACAUCUAUGUCAACAAGUACACCAAUUAUAUCAACAACCACAACACCCGGCUUAACAUCUGUCUCAACAAGUACACCAAUUAUUUCAACUACCACAACAUUUGCCCUAACAUCUAUCUCGACAAGUACACCAAUUAUUUCAACAACAACAACACCAGGCUUAACAUCUGUUUCAACAAGUACACCAAUUAUUUCAACUACAACAACAUCCGCCCUAACAUCUAUCUCAACAAGUACACCAAUUAUUUCAACUACCACAACAUUUGCCCUAACAUCUAUCUCGACAAGUACACCAAUUAUUUCAACAACAACAACACCAGGCUUAACAUCUGUUUCAACAAGUACACCAAUUAUUUCAACUACAACAACAUCCGCCCUAACAUCUAUCUCCACAAGUACACCAAUUAUUUCAACAACCACAACAUAUAUUUCAACAAGUUCAACAAUUAUUUCGACAACCACAGGACCCAUAUAAACAUCUGUCUCAACAAGUACACCAAUUAUUUCAACAACCACAACACCCGCCUUUACAUCUAUCUCAACAAGUACACCAAUUAUUUCAACAACCACAACAUCCACCUAACAUCUAUCUCAACAAGUACACCAAUUAUUUCAACAAGCACAACAUCCGUCUUAACAUCUAUCUUGUCAAGUACACCAAUUAUUUCAACAACCACAACAUCCACACUAACAUCUAUCUCAACAAGUACACCAAUUAUUUCAACAAGCACAACAUCCGUCUUAAAAUCUAUCUCGACAAGCACACCAAUCAUUUCAACAAGCAAACCAUCCGCCCUGACAUCUAUCUCAACAAGUACACCAAUUAUUUCAACAAGCACAACAUCCGUCUUAACAUCUAUCUUGACAAGCACACCAAUCAUUUAUACAAACACAACAUCCGCUCUAACAUCUAUCUCAACAAGUACACCAAUUAUUUCAACAAGUACAAUAUCCGUCUUAACAUCUAUCUCCACAAGUACACCAACAAUUAUUUCAACAAGCACAACAUCCGCCCUAACAUCUAUCUCAACAAAUACACCAAUUAUUUCAACAAGCACAACAUCCGUCUUAACAUUUAUCUCGACAAGUACACCAAUUAUUUCAACAACCACAACACCUACCUUAACAUCUAUCUCAACAAGUACACAAAUUAUUUUAACAACCACAACACCCACCUUAACAUCUAUCUCAACAAGUACAGCAAUUAUUUCAACAACCACAACACCCGCCUUAACAUCUAUCUUUACAAGUACACCAAUUAUUUCAACCACCACAACACCCGCCUUAACAUCUAUCUCAACAAGUACACCAAUUAUUUCAACUACCACAACAUCCGCCCUAACAUCUAUCUCGACAAGUACACCAAUUAUUUCAACAACAACAACAACAACAACACCAGGCUUAACAUCUGUCUCAACAAGUACACCAAUUAUUUCAACUACCACAACAUCCGCCCUAACAUCUAUCUCAACAAGUACACCAAUUAUUUCAACAACUACCACAUCCGCCCUAACAUCUAUUUCCACAAGGACACCAGUUGUUUUCAACAAGCACAGCAUCAUUCUUAACAUCUAUAUCGACAAGUACAGCAAUUAUUUUAACAACCAAAACAUCUAUCUCAACAAGUUCAACAAUUAUUUCAACAACAAUAGCACCCAUAUUUACAUCUAUCUCAACAAGUACACCAAUUAUUUGAACAACCAUAACACCCGCCUUAACAUAUAUCUCAACAAGUACACCAAUUAUUUCAACAACCACAACAUCCGCCCUAUCAUAUAUCUCAACAAGUACACCAAUUAUUUCAACAAGCACAACAUCCGUCUUAACAACUAUCUCGACAAGCACACAAAUCAUUUCAACAACCACAACAUCUGCCCUAACAUCUAUCUCAACAAGUACACCAAUUAUUUCAACAACCACGACAUCCGUCUUAACAUCUAUCUCGACAAGCACACCAAUUAUUUCAACAAGCACAACAUCUGCCCUAACAUCUUUCUCAACAAACACACCAAUUAUUUCAACAGUCACAACAUCCGUCUUAACAUCUAUCUCCACAAGUACACCAAUUAUUUCAACAACCACAACAUCCGCCCUAACAUUUCUCUCAACAAGUACACCAAUUAUUUCAACAAGCACAACAUCCGUCUUAAAAUCUAUCUCGACAAGCACACCAAUUAUUUCAACAACCACAACAUCCACCCUAACAUCUAUCUCAUCAAAAACACCAAUUAUUUCAACAAGCACAACAUCCGUCUUAACAUCUAUCUCGACAAGCACACCAAUCAUUCCAACAACCACAACAUCCGCCCUAACAUCUAUCUCAAAAAGUACACCAAUUAUUUCAACAAGCACACCAUCCGUCUUAACAUCUAUCUCCACAAGUACACGAAUUAUUUCAACAACCACAACAUCCGCCCUAACAUCUACCUCAACAAGUACACCAAUUAUUUCAACAAGCACAACAUCCGUCUUAACAUCUAUCUCGACAAGCACACCAAUUAUUUCAACAACCACAACAUCCGCCCUAACAUGUAUCUCAACAAGUAUACCAAUUAUUUCAACAAGCACAACAUCCGUCUUAACAUCUAUCUCGACAAGCACAUCAAUCAUUUCAACAACCACAAAAUCCGCCCUAACAUCUAUCUCAACAAGUACACCAAGUAUUUCAACAAGCACAACAUCCGUCUUAACAUCUAUCUCCACAAGUACACCAAUUAUUUCAACAACCACAACAUCCGCCUUAACAUCUAUCAACAAGCACACCAAUCAUUUCAACAACCACAACAUCCGCCCUAACAUCUAUCUCAACAAGUACACCAAUUAUUUCAACAAGCACAACAUCUGUCUUAACAUCUAUCUCGACAAGUACACCAAUUAUUUUAACAACAACAACACCAGGCUUUUCAUCUGUCUCAACAAGUACACCAAUUAUUUCAACUACCACAACAUCCGCCCUAACUUCUAUCUCAACAAGUACACCAAUCAUUUCAACAACUACCACAUCGGCCCUAACAUCUAUCUCAACAAGUACACCAAUUAUUUCAACAACCACAACAUCCGCCCUUACAUCUAUCUCAACAAGUACACCAAUUAUUUCAACAAGCACAACAUCCAUCUUAACAUCUAUCUCGACAAGCACACUAAUCAUUUCAACAACCACAACAUCCGCCCUAACAUCUAUCUCAACAAGUACACCAAUUAUUUCAACAAGCACAACAUCCGUCUUAACAUCUAUCUCCACAAGUACACCAAUUAUUUCAACAACCACAACAUCCGCCCUAACAUCUAUCUCAACAAGUGCACCAAUUAUUUCAACAAGCACAACAUCCGCUUUUAACAUCUAUCAACAAGCACACCAAUCAUUUCAACAACCACAACAUCCGCCCUAACAUCUAUCUCAACAAGUACACCAAUUAUUUCAACAAGCACAACAUCUGUCUUAACAUCUAUCUCGACAAGUACACCAAUUAUUUUAACAACAACAACACCAGGCUUUUCAUCUGUCUCAACAAGUACACCAAUUAUUUCAACUACCACAACAUCCGCCCUAACAUCUAUCUCGACAAGUACACCAAUUAUUUCAACAACAACAACAACAGGCUUAACAUCUGUCUCAACAAAUACACCAAUUAUUUCAACAAGCACAACAUCCGCCCUAACAUCUAUCAACAAGCACACCAAUCAUUUCAACAACCACAACAUCCGCCCUAACAUCUAUCUCAACAAGUACACCAAUUAUUUCAGCAUCCACAACACCCGCCUUAACAUCUAUCUCAACAAGUACACCAAUUAUUUCAACAAGCACAACAUCCGCCCUAACAUCUCACUCAACAAGUACACCAAUUAUUUCAACAACUGCAACAUCCGCCCUAAUAUCUAUCUCAACAUGUACAAUUAUUUCAAAAAGCACAACUUUCCGCCCCAACAUCUAUCCCAACAGAAUGAUAACCCUAUUAUUUUAAGGGAAGACUCCAACUAUACUUUAUAAACUUCUGAAUCAAUUUACAAAUUCCCACUACAGGUCGCACCGGCAACAAAGACAUGGGUGGAUUUUUGAUUUAUUAAUUGUCUGUCAGUACGUCCCUGCCAAAAACUGCAGGACAGUUUGUAGCACAAGUCAAACCUCUUAAGUAAGGAGGAAUUGUUUACGGAAAUAAUGUUCUCUAUGACAAUUCAUGUCAUCAAAUAAAGAGAAAUACCGGGAGUCCAGUUUUACACAGAAGGGAUGUAAAAGAAUUAUGAAGACUCUUCCAAUUAUGUUUAUUUUUGUGAUAUGAAUUAUAUUUAGUUUUCAAUUAAUACUGUAUCUGAUUUUUCUAUUUGUUUAAUGGUAUCAUGCAACUUUGAACUGUUCUCGUAAUAACGACAUCCUUUGAGACUUGUAUGUAAACAUUAUAUACUGUUGUAACUGGUUUUAUGAAUUUACAUGAAGAGGGUAGAUUUCAGUAUUUAAUGUCUAAUGACAGAAUUGUCUCUUUUACUGCAAAAGCCUGUGCCGGAUGCUAAAUGAAGAGAACAUUUAAUUUACAAAACAUGAUUUAUACAUGUAUUUAUAUAUAAACACAUGACUAUAACUACCUUGGACUGUAUUUUAAUGAACACCGGGACUAUAAUGAAUCAGUAAAAAUACUCGCAAAAUCUGGCGACCGGGCUCUUGGAGCGAUGAUUGCCAAAUUUAAAUCCUUUGGAGGAUUUCCAUGUAAGAAGAACAUUUAUAUUUUAACAUGGAUAAAUUGCUUAUAUUUUGUACACCAUUUUAAAAAUGAAUUUUAAUGUACAAUAUUUUGUAGUCUCUCAAAAGCCGGUGUAAAGGGGUAGGAGGUCCUAUCAAAUUAUGUUCCUACUCUCCAUUGAUUUAUAUGGUGACCUAAAUACAACUCUUUCCCUCAUUAUCUUAUACGCAAUCAGGGCCAGUAAGGGCUGUUAAGAAGGGGGACCAUAAUCCAUCAUUUCUUUCACACCGGCAACAGCUUGAUGUCAAAGACAAGGAGACUUUAAUAAACAAUAUAUACUAUCAAAAGUGUCUUAUUGGCCCAUAGGGGGCCUUGGGUGAUUUUAAUAGUGUAAUAUUGUUUAAUACAUUUAAUUGUAUUUUAACCCACGGUUCUAAAAUAAUAUUAUAAAUAAUACAAAAAUCAAUAAAUAAAAAAUGAAAUGAAUAAAUAUCGUCUUGACUUUAAUUAUUAAGUACAUGAAAACAGCUAAGCAAUUACUAUAACUUUAGUUAUUGUGUUGAAUGUUUUUUGUAUUGCGAUUAGUCCGAUUAAAAGUCUUGCUUGACUGGUUGCAAAGUAUGGAAAAUACAAGGGACGGGUGCAAUAUGGGGCAAAUAACCCUGUGGCCAGAAUGAAUUUUAGGUCCAAAAUGAAAAUUAAAUCGUUACAUACUCUGGAAAAUAUGCAAGUGUUUUGGUCAAGUGAAAAAUGAUUUCGGGGCAAGUGAUUCGGGAUGGUCUUCAUAGAUUUUUAGCCUCUGACCCCCACCCCUAUCAGGCAGAGAGGGGGUAUAUUAUGAAAAAUAAAUAAUGAUUUUAAAGUAUUUUUCUUUAAAUUACUUCAUUUUGUGAUUGCCUUGAGCCUUGAAAUUGUGUAAAACACAUUUUAGAAGUCGUGUCUAGUGAGAAAGUAACAUUGUGACCCAACUAUCUUGCAAUAAUUCAUAGUUUGAGGGGCCAAG